CAAAUUUGAUAACCUAUAAAUCCAAACUAUGUUUAAAAAUAUAUAACACUUUUAUUAUUAUUCUAAAGGCAUACGAUGUUUCGAUUGUUGAAAAGCAUACGAUGGCCGGUAAAGUACAUCCUGAAUAAUGCCAGAACUUUGCAGAAUGUCUCAUACAGAAAUCAGCAAGGAUUGCAUCAGCAGCACUGCAGAUCACAUCAAAUUAACUUUAACAGAAAGGUGAUAACUGCUAUCAAUAAUGAGUACAAAGCAGUCUUCUCUUUAUUGAGGAGAUCUGGGUUGAAGGAUGUCAAUUGUUUGGUAAAUCAUUUAGCAGCUGCUAGGGGUUUUCACACUAGUGCCAGAUGUAAUCAGAGUCCUUCGCAAGGACCAGAAAAGGAUCCUAAGAAAAAUAAGAAUGAUGAUGAUGAAAAUAACUUGUUCUCUUUGGCUGCUAAGGCUUUCCUUUGGUUUCUGUCUGCUUAUAUGGUUAUUGUCACUCUUUCACUCAUAUUUCCCAGCAGCAAUCAACCUGAAGUUGUUAGGUAUGUUUCUUGGAAUGAAUUCUUGUAUCAAAUGCUAGCAAAAGGUGAAGUUGAAGAGAUUAUUGUAAGACCUGAUGUGGAAGUCGUGACAAUUAUCUUAUAUGAUGGAGCAAUAAUUAAAGGAAAAAAGAUUGAGCACAAAACUUUCCACAUGAAUGUAGGCGAUAUACACAAGUUCGAGGAUAAAUUACGCGAGGCUGAAAGGAGAUUAGGUAUAAGAGAUGGAGUGCCGGUGGUUUACGAAAGAGGAGGUGAUACGGCGGGGAAACUAUUAAUAUCAUUGAUCAUAGUCGGAUUGCUAGCUUCGAUUUUGGCUAGGAGUCGGAGUAUAAGACCGCCUUUGAGCAUGGACAGCUUUACGCAAAUGGGUAGAGCCAAGUUCACAUUGGUUGAUCCUCUGACCGGUCCUGGAAAAGGAGUCAAGUUUUCGGACGUCGCUGGACUUAGCGAGGCCAAACAAGAAGUAAUGGAAUUCGUAGAUUACCUCAAGAGACCAGAACACUACAAAGCUUUAGGUGCGAAAGUUCCGAAAGGUGCUUUGCUACUAGGUCCUCCAGGUUGCGGAAAAACCUUGCUCGCCAAAGCUAUUGCUACUGAAGCCAACGUGCCUUUCCUCUCUAUGGCAGGAUCCGAAUUCAUCGAGAUGAUCGGUGGAUUGGGUGCUGCGAGAGUGAGAGAUCUGUUUAAAGAAGCUAGAAAACGUGCACCUUGCAUCAUCUACAUCGAUGAGAUCGAUGCCGUGGGUAGAAAAAGGAGCGGUGAAUCGGGAGGUCCGACCGGAGCCAGCGGCGAAAGUGAGCAAACCCUGAAUCAGUUGUUGGUAGAAAUGGACGGCAUGGCUUCCAAGGAGAACAUCAUAAUGUUAGCCUCGACUAAUCGGGCGGAUAUCUUGGAUAGGGCUUUGCUGAGACCGGGCAGAUUCGAUAGGCAUAUAUUGAUUGAUCUGCCCAAUCUGAUUGAACGCAAGCAGAUCUUUGAGCAGCAUCUUAAGGGUAUUGCACUGGAGUACGGACCUAGCCAUUAUUCGCAUAAUUUAGCCUAUCUGACGCCCGGAUUCAGUGGUGCGGAUAUUGCUAAUGUCUGCAACGAGUCGGCCUUGCAUGCAGCCAGGUUUAAGCAGACUCAAGUCAAUAAGAGCAACUUGGAUUACGCUGUGGAAAGAUUAGUCGGUGGUACCGAAAAAAGGAAUCACGCCUUGUCUCCAUUGGACAAACGUGUAGUAGCCUACCACGAAUCCGGCCAUGCCUUGGUCGGAUGGAUGCUGGAACAUACGGACGCUCUGUUGAAAGUAACAAUAGUGCCUCGAACUAAUUUGGCUUUAGGUUUCGCUCAGUACAUCCCCAGGGACCAGAAACUGCACACGAAAGAAGAACUGUUCGAGAGGAUGUGCAUGGCUUUGGGUGGAAGAGUCGCGGAAUCUUUGACGUUCAACAGAAUCACAACUGGAGCCCAAAACGAUUUGGAUAAAGUAACGAAGAGCGCGUACGCUCAGGUGAAAGAGUACGGUAUGAACAGUAGGGUAGGGUUGAUUUCGUUUCCCGAAGAGGAAACCAAGGAGAUGGGUAGGAGACCCUACAGUAAACGCUUGUCCACGAUGAUCGACGAGGAAGCCAGAAAACUCAUCACAAAUGCUUACAAGAAAACGGAGCAGGUUUUAACCGAACACAAAGAUAAGCUGGAACUGUUGGCAGAGGAAUUGCUGAAGAAGGAAACGUUGAAUUAUGACGAUGUGGAGCGAUUAAUUGGUCCACCUCCGCACGGGAGGAAGAGACUCAUCGAGCCUGCGGAAUUCGAAGAGACUGUCGGAAAGGAUGCGGGUGAUUCACCGAAAACCGAGAACGCUGCGUCAUCGAAAGCAGCCGUCUAAGAAAUCGAAACUCGUCUCAUCCCCUCGACGUGUAUUAUAGUAUAAAUAUAUUAUGUUGUUUAUAAAUUCUACGUGUAUUAUGUUUCCUCAUUAAAAAAAAAA